CAAAGCGCUUAGACCCUUUGUCAAAAAUGACGACGGCAAGACGUCUCAAACUUCAACCAUGCUCGGAUCUUUCAGAAUGUCUACUCAGCUCGAUCAUUCUGGUAGACAACCUUCUGACGCCGACGACGGUUAGGGAUGUACUUAAAUUGCGGUGAACCUCGACACAAAGCUUUCAGUCUCAGGAGUCACGAAGACAACAUCCAAAUUAUUCCCAUCCAAGCACCGAUUCCUCGCUCUAUUGCCGCAAAGCAACAUUGAACAUAACGAAGAUGCGGGCUGUCGUCUUGCUCACCACUAUCUUCAUGGCGCUGGCCGCCGCUGCCCCUGAAAAGACAAUGGAGAAAUUGAGGGAGCGUGAGCUCUGUUUCUGCGACGAGAGGAGCUGCGAUGGGCCUCCUUGCUGCGCAAAUGGAACCUGCUAAAGGUUGCCUUCCCGACUCCAACCAUCAAUACCCCACUGCGGAGAGUCAUGAGGCAUUACACGAUUAUUACGAAUAAGUCGAAAUGUCGGACUUUUCCACAUGAAGUUCACUGUACUGUUGUAUUAUAGGCGCUUGAAAGAAGAUUUGGAAAGGGACUUUGCCGUGAUCACGGAUUAUAUGCUGCUAGGGAGGGCUUGUAUAUCCUAAUUUGGGGUCCUCUUUGUUUCUUAGAGCUACAUUCGAUACUAGCGUCCUGUCUGUAGGAGUGAUAAUUGGCUACCUCAGUACAUGUGAUACAUCGAGCGGCGCGGGCAUUUUAUGCCAGCCACCCGUGAGCAGUUGAUGCACAGAUUCAAGCUUCUCUCCUGUUAUCAAAU